AGAGAGAGAGAGAGAGAAAGAAAGAGAGAGAGAGUGCAUGCAUGUGUGCUUCUUCUUCCUUUUUUAUCCCAAUGAAUUUGCUUUUCAGAUUUUGAAAAAGAAAACUAGUUUAUCCAGGAUUCUUUCUGUUUUUUUUUCCUGUUUCCAUAUCUUUGUGUUGAUCUCUGUAGUUUUCAGAUCCCACGUUUUUGUGUGGGUUCCACUGUUGUCUAAGGAAAGUUGUUUUAAACCUUUGCUCUGCAAGCACCAGCAGAGAACUCAGAAAAAGGAAGACAACAGCAGAUGCAAUCACGGAUGUGGCUUAGUCCUUGCAGCUGCCCCAGAGAACUGUUCAGAGUGUACCAUCCACAGUAAUGAAUCCAGAAGAGAGAAUCGUGACAUGGCUUAUAUCUUUGGGAGUUUUAGAUUCCCCAAAAAAGACCAUCUGUGAUCCGGAGGAGUUCUUGAAGUCCUCGCUGAAAAAUGGGGUAGUGCUAUGCAAACUGAUCAACAGACUUAUGCCUGGCUCAGUGGAAAAGUAUUGUCUGGAGCCCCAAAAUGAAGCCAGCUGCAUCAGUAACAUCAAUGGCUUCCUGAAAGGAUGUGCAACCCUCCAAGUGGAGGUAUUUGAUCCUGAUGACCUUUAUUCAGGGGUUAAUUUCUCCAAGGUUCUGAGUACUCUUUUAGCUGUCAACAAAGCAACAGAAGAUCAGCUCUCAGAAAGACCAUGUGGACGUUCCUCUUCUCUUAGUGCUGCUAACAGUUCUCAGACAAACCCACAGGGAGCAGUUUCUAGCACAGCUCCAGGGCUGCAAAAGCAGGCAAAGACAGUGGAGAUGACGGAAAAUGGAAGUCACCAGUUGAUAGUGAAGGCAAGAUUCAACUUUAAGCAGACUAAUGAAGAUGAGCUGUCAGUCUGUAAAGGGGACAUCAUUUAUGUCACUCGAGUUGAAGAAGGAGGCUGGUGGGAAGGCACAUUAAAUGGGAGAACAGGCUGGUUCCCUAGUAAUUAUGUCCGAGAAAUUAAAUCCAGUGAGAGACCUCUCUCCCCCAAGGCUGUCAAAGGAUUUGAAACUGCUCCACUUACCAAGAAUUAUUAUACUGUGGUGAGUGUUCAGAUGAUGAGCAAAAAUUUUCUUGACUCUGUAUGGAAACUUUCUACUUGUCAAACCAUUGAUGUUUUCAGGUGUCACAAAGGAAAACUGGAUAAAGUUGUAUCGUAAGGUUCUAGUGCCAUUUGCAUUACCACAUUGCUCUUCUACUUGUAGGACUCUUACGGAUGUCUGGAAGUUCUACAUACAUGGUACUAAACAAUUCAAGGGUAGCACAAAGAGUGAGGCCUGUUAAAUACCAGUGAAAGAGAAAUUGGUUCAUACAUAAGUAUUAUGGAGAAAUUCAGCAGUUAGACAAAGUCUUUCCAGAUAUCAAGAAGGUGAUUUCCCAAGUUCCUCUAUUGCUGUACGUUUUAAGUGAUUAUGUUCUAUAAAUUUUACUUUAGAGUCAAUCAAUCCAUUAUAUCCUCUGGAAUAUUAUCAACUCUAUUCUUGAGGAGAGCCCUAAGGAAGACUACCCUUUGGCACAGAGGGAAGAAUGAAACAGCUCUGGCUUGAACACAGAUAUGUCAAACUUUAUUAGCUAUAAAUAGGGCAUGUGCAAUACUCAAAAUAAGUUCCUGUUUGAAAAGAAAUCACAUCAUUCUCCUUAAUCUACUCUCUGCUUGCCUUCAUGCCUCCUUUUCCGACUUGGCUCAGUCACUAAUGAAAAGGCCAAGUCAUCAUCACUCUAAGUUGCCCUGUCUGGUUGCCUCCCCCCAACCUCUGCUGAAACACAGCUUCAGUUUUUACCCAGUGUUUUCUGUUAAUUUGUACUGCAUGCUCAUUUCAUUUUGUGCAUGGAAAAGAAGUUUUUAAUCAUCUCUAUAUAGGUAUGUGAAUGUCAUUUGGUUUCCAAAAAUUGAAUUUCACUCUUCAGUGGAUUUGUUUCAUACUGGUGACAUAAGCAGUAGGUAAUAAGAAAACUUAAGACAGGAACUUUAUAGGUAACAUGGACAGUAAUCAUAAGGAAACUAUUUUGUCAAUAUUUUUUUCCUCUAAAAUUUCUGAGGAAAAAAUUUAUGACUCAGCAGAGCUGGGUUCCUUCAUCCCUUUCUUCCUGAUCACUUUUUUACUGGUCCAGGUGACCUCUAAUAAUUUAAUUUUUAAGGAAAGCAGACAGUUGAGUGAUAGAUGAAAAUGUUACCAUAGCUUCUUCUCUGGAGAUCUGGAGCAUACUAUAAGUCUGCUUGCAAUCUCUCUGUGUGUCUGCUGGUUCCACCAGUUCAAACUGUUGUUAGGGGUCUGGGGUAUAGCUCAGUGGUAGGAUGUUUGCCUAGCAUGCACAAGGCCCUGGAUUUUAUCACCAGCACUGAGAAAAAAAAAUGUAAGGAUUACCUGACAGAUUACCUGGCAGAUUAACUUCUGUGUUUUUUAUGGGCUUUGUGUAAAUCCUAUACAUAUAUUUUAUAGAAACUACAGUUUAUAUAAUCUACCUCUUAUUGGAAAACAUGUGCAUUGUUUCUAGUUCCUUUAUACUAUAAACAAUUUUGCAGUGAACAUCUUAUAUAUACAACUUUAUCAAAGCAUAUCAAGAUAUGUAGGGUAAAUUCUUAGAAGGCAAAUUGUUUGUUUGAAAGAUACAUAUGUUCUUAAAACUUUUUGAUGGCUAUUGUCUCAAAUCGCAAGCUUAAUGAAGAAAAUAGAAAGUCUUGGCCAAUUCUUACUGACUUAUGAAGGAAAUAGAGAACUUUCGCAUUAAUAUUGUUAAAUUAUUGACUAGAGGCCAGUUGGUCAUGUUGUAACUAUAUAUGGAUGUGAAGAGAUUUUAGUUGGUGUUGUUUUACAAUUUACAUUUCUUUGGCUUUGAGUGUUUAUACACAUUUUUAGUGGUGCUUAACUCAACAUAUGUUCUCAGUGUUGUGAUUGCCUUCCUUAUUUGAAUUGAAUGCCUGAAACAAA